AUGGCAAGCUUCACCAAGAUUGAGGAGAGCGAAACGCCUUCCAUCACUAUACAUCCUUCUCACAAGAUCGCUAAGAUCAACGACAAUAUCUAUGGAGGAUUCACUGAGCACAUGGGCCGCUGCAUCUACGGCGGCAUUUACGAUCCCGGCAACCCUCUCUCCGAUGAGAGAGGCUUCCGCAAGGACGUCAUUGAAGCUUUCAAGGAACUCAAUGUGCCUGUAGUGCGGUAUCCGGGCGGAAACUUUGUAGCCACAUACCAUUGGCUUGAUGGUGUUGGACCCAAAGAGAACAGACCAAAGAGGCCUGAGCUGGCAUGGAUUGGCAUCGAGCCAAACACAUUUGGUACGGAUGAGUUUAUGCAAUGGUGUGAAGAAGUCGGCACAGAGCCAUAUCUCUGCCUCAACUUCGGAACUGGCACUCUGGACGAAGCUCUCGGAUGGCUUGAGUACUGCAACUCAGAUCGCGACACCUACUACGCCAACCUUCGUCGCAAGAACGGCCGCGAGAAGCCUUACAAUGUCAAGUACUGGGCCCUCGGCAACGAAUGUUGGGGUCCAUGGCAGGUCGAGCAGAUGACCAAAGAAGACUAUGCCAAGAAGGCUUAUCAAUGGGCCAAAGCCCUCAAACUUCUCGACCCAACUAUCACUACCAUCCUUUGCGGUGAGACUGGUUACUCAUCCUGGGACUACUAUGUCCUCAACCAGUGCGUCAAGUGGGAUGUCCAUGGUCUCAGUGGCGAUACCACCAAGUCGCUCAUCGACAUGCACUCUAUCCACAUCUACACCGCCGACAAGGAGCAUCUGCCCAAUGCUACCGCACCUCGGGCGGCUGAGCGAGCAGUGCAGAUGACUGCGAGCUUGAUCGAUCUUGCACGCAUCGAGAACAAGGUUCCCGAGACAGUGCCUAGGCAGACCAUCUGCUUUGACGAAUGGAACGUUUGGGAUCCCGUUCGUGCACCCGGUGAGCUCGGAGCUGAGGAGAAGUACACACUUUCCGAUGCUCUUGCCGUUUCCAUCUUCCUGAACGGCUUCAUCCGCCAAGCCAAGGAUAUGGGCAUGGCGACUGUCGCACAGAGCGUCAACGUCAUCUCACCCUUGAUGACCACAAAGGAGGGUCUGGUCAAACAGACUUCUUGGUGGCCUCUGCUUCUCUUCUCCAAGUACAUGCGUGGCCACACAAUUGCGCUCAAUGUUCGCGCCCCAGAAUAUACCGGCCGCACGAACCCGAGUUGGAUCCGCAACACUAUCGAGACGCCCUACCUGGACUGCAGCGCCACGCUCAGCGAAGAUGGUUUCAUUAACCUUGCUGUUACCAAUGUCAACGAGAAGCAGGACUUCGAGGUUGACAUCCCGGGACUGAAGGCCGACAAGGUCGAGGUGCACACCGUGACGGGCGACAACGUUGAUGUGGUCAACACUGAUGGCGUGCAGAACGUUGGUAUCAAGGAAAGUAGCUGGGAUGGGCAGGGCAAGUUCAAAUUUGGCAAGCAUUCCUUCACUCUGCUGAGGUGGAAGGCUUGA